UUUAAAAAAAAAAGAAAAAGAAAUGGAGAGGUUUGGAACAGAGGGCUCAAGCAUGAGCAUAGUGAUGUAUCCGUGGUUAGCUUUAGGUCACAUGACUGCGUUCCUUCAUCUCUCCAACAAAUUGGCAGAGAAAGGACACAGAAUCGUUUUCUUGCUUCCCAAGAAAGCUCGAGCCCAUCUCGAACCCAUCAAUCUCCACCCUAAUCUCAUCACUUUCCGGACCAUCUCCAUCCCUCACGUCCAUGGCCUUCCCCUCGGCGCCGAGACCAAUUCCGACGUGCCCAUCUUCUUGACCCAUUUGCUGGCUGUUGCUAUGGACAGGACGCGUCCUGAAGUCGAGACCGUUGUCCGAACAGUCAAACCGGACUUGGUCUUCUACGAUUUCGCCGAUUGGGUCCCUGGAAUCUCUGCACCGGUCGGUGCCAAGACUGUUUGCUUCGACACCGCGAGCGCAGCAUCUAUAGCAUUGACCUUAGUCCCUGCGGCUGCUCGUGAAAUGGCCGAUGGUGCGAUGCUUUCAGGGGACGAGCUCUCGAGGCCACCUCCUGGUUACCCAUCUUCGAAAGUGGUAUUGCGUGCGCAUGAAGCAAGAACUCUAGGGUUUCUAUGGAAGCGGUUCGAGGGUCUGGUUUCGUUCUUCGAAAAGAAAGUCUCUACACUUAGAAACUGCGACGCCAUUGCCAUAAGGACUUGCCGGGAGAUCGAAGGAAAGUUCUGCGAGUUCAUCUCUAGCCAAUACAACAGACCGGUUUACCUGACAGGACCUGUACUUCCAGACACCAAACCGAGCGAUCAGGCAGCAUUGGAACCGAGGUGGGCAGAUUGGCUAAGUAAAUUCGAGCCUGGCUCGGUCGUGUACUGCGCCUUCGGAAGCCAACCUGUACUGGACAAGCUCGAGCAAUUUCAAGAAGUGUGUUUAGGGCUUGAACUCACAGGUUUACCUUUCUUGAUUGCCUUAAAGCCUCCUUCAGGGUUCUCGACAGUGGAAGAAGCCUUGCCUGAAGGGUUUGAAGAGAGGGUCAAAGGAAGAGGAGUUGUGUACGGAGGGUGGGUCCAGCAGCCAUUGAUAUUGGACCACCCGUCGGUCGGUUGCUUCGUUAGCCAUUGCGGGUUCGGGUCAAUGUGGGAAUCUCUGUUGAGGGAUUGCCAGAUAGUGUUGGUUCCUCACCUCGGGGAACAGAUCUUGAACGCUAAGUUAAUGUCAGAGGAGAUGGAAGUGGCUGUGGAGGUGAAAAGGGAAGAGAAUGGAUGGUUUUCCCGGCACAGCUUGAAGGACGCAGUGAAGAGCGUGAUGGAUAAAGACAGUGAAAUCGGAGAGAUUGUGAGGAAGAACCACAAGAAGUGGAAAGAUGUAUUGGGUGAGUCUGGUUUUUCAGAGAGUUAUAUCAGUAAGUUUGAGCAAAGCUUGCUUCAACUCCUCAUUCCAUGAUUUCGAUCUUCACGUAAACUGAGUCAAAUGAAUCCAAGUUAAUUCCGUUAAGUUCUUCGAUUUCAGUUAUGUUUCUAUGAUUCUCUGCAACUUCUGUAAAUCCGUUGAAAGCGUUGAUAUACUAAAACGAAGCCCAACUGUAUUCUUGAACUGAAUGUUCGGUUUCUUAAACAAUGAAUUAUGAA